AUGCAACCCCCACAUUCUUUCAACUCGCGCCACAGCGAGACACGCUCCCAUCGUAGAUGCGCCUCAGAACCUCUCUCUCCUCAUAUUCAAGUCCAUCCACUCAUUUCCAACCAACCACGUCCACGAUAUUCGUUCCUUCCGACGCUCUCUAGAAAACCUCCACCAACCACAGAAAUAUAUAGCCCCCAUCUUUCACCCCGAGUACCAACGCAACAUUACCCACCCACACGAAUUGGACAGCCUGCACUCAAGCUCGCCGCUAUCAAGGAACGUCUGGCAGAUCUCGAGGCCACCAAUGAACGCUUUCAGCAACGCAUCAACUCGUAUGAGACGGACAUCGAAAUGCUCAACUCAAGCGUGUCGUAUUUCAGCAGUGAAUACUAUUCUGGACUUCUUACCAUCCGUGAUCUCCGUGCUCGAACGAAGAGGGACGCAGAAGUUCUCAGUUCACAAGAGUAUCAGCUGUGUCAACUGAAGAAAUUUGUCGGUCUAAUGGUGGAAAUUGGCCUUCAUGAACCUGUUUUGGCUCGAGUGCACAGCGACGUUAUCAAGGGCACCAAAGACUUCGAAACCACACUAGUCGAAUCCAUUCGCAGCGCCGCUGCAAGACCUGGCUCAGCAUGGUCCCAUAUCCUUGCGAGCAUGGUUGCUGCCGAAAACAUUCCAGUCAACGAUUCACAACCCACUUCCACGACCACCACCUUUGAUGAUGCAUGCAGCAAUGCUAGCACUGUUGAUGAUCUACUACAGAGUCUCAAGAACGGCGAUAUACCUUCAACGAAACAUCGGUCCAUAUUCAGUCAAACAAGCAAAGCCAAAUCUCCACCCCAACCAAAAGUUAAUCUCAAGUCACCUAAAACGCCCAAACCCCCUUUUAGUAUCAGGCCUGCCCUCGCAAGUCUCGAUCCCAAUCGUGUAUCCAAAUCGUCGUCGAGUAUUCAAAGCCGGGUUCCGACUACGAAAAAGUCAGCUACCGCUCGACGCGUUGAAUCACAACGUCGUCCAAAGAAGACUAAUGGAGCACCUGCUGAUAUUAGCGCAUCUUCAAACGGCGCUCUUGCGUCUCUUCAACGUAUCAUUGAUCACUUCAGCAGUGGAAGCCUUGGGUCUCUUGAGAUGUCUACAGAGGGAACAUCACAAUGCGAAGACGUCAACGGCGGCGCCAGCUUGUCACCCAUCCGUAUAUGUAUCCGCCCACCCACAUCAUGCUCAGGCCGUGAGCGUGCAACUCGUUCGGUUGCUACUUUGUCUCCAACAAAGGUGACCACGCUCGAUUCACCGUUGUUUAUCGGAUCCCCACCACAACGACGACCUCGCCUCCGUACCACAACAGCCUCGCCCUCUUUGGGUUCGCAGUCACUCGUCCUUCCUCCAGCAGGACCUUGUGUCUCUCUUGCUGGCCCGACCACCUCCCUUCUUUCUCUACUACAAUCCCCUUCCCCGUCAGACGAAAUGCUCUUCACGCUCCUUCCAGUCUCUUUGCUCGCUUCCACUCUGCCGAUCUGGGCUGUAGCUACUCCUCUCGAUGAGAGGGAGCCCGUUGAGAAGCGGGCUGUGGAUUUUAACAACCCCACUUUAACGGGGGGCUCUUGGCUCGAUGCCUCUGCUGGGCUCGGCGAACCGCUCAACGUCGUGAUUUCUGCCCAGAGCUCGCCUGAAGUCCUCACAACUGAUGGAUUCCUGAAAUAUGCUAACGCGAUUGGAUUUGACAAGGAAUGUCUGGGGCUCCACAUCGGUAACCCACAACAGGCCAACUUGGGUGAUGGACGCGGUUGGGUUAACGAGACGGAGGUUCUCCGAGAGGACUUUGGGGUUCCCGGCUCCAUUGGGACUUGUCUGGAAAGUCUGGAGGGUGGGAAUCAUUUCAGAGUUUGGCAGCAAGCCGGGACCAACGCGAUCUUCUUAGCUGUCUCCAAGGAAGAAGACGCAGAGGACUCCCAUAACAUCAUACCGGACGGCUACAAUAUCGGGCGAGACCUUUUAGUUGCUGCAGCGGUCGGAAAGAAGACUUGGUUCGACAUCUCCAAGUUCAAAAUCGUGCACUACACGACGGUCUUAACCAACUUGACGGGAUUCCUUGCUCCAGGUUCCGAUGGAAUCAACCAUGGCAUCGCGCAAGACGGAGUCACCAAGCUGCUUACCGUUACUAUCUCAUAG